UUUGUUUUUGAAUAUUUCUGCGAUUAACCUAUUGGAUAAAUUCUAACAUAAAUUUGGCGUAGCUGUAAAUUAGUUGUAUGCAAUUGGCCUGGAAGUUUUAAUAAGCACAAGAGAAUUAUAAUUUACACAUGAUAAAACAGAAGUUGACAACUUAUAACUUAAAGUGUAGUCUUCACGAAUUGGAAGUAGCUACAAAAUUGAGGCAGGCUUUGUCACAUUGACCAACAAAAAAUGAAAUUCCAUUCAUGUUUAAAAAUUAUGCUCUGUCUUUCAACACCUACAUGGAAGUCUUUACUUAGUAAUCUCCACCAAGAUUCACCUUAUUAGCACAUAAACUUAUUUGUCAUCACUAAAAUAAAGUCUUAUGUCAAUUGAAUUGAUUUUGGUUAUUCAUAGUUGAAAGAAAUAACAAAAUUCUUCUAUUUAGAUAUUAAUUUCUAGUAGCUGUUUAUAUUUUUGUACUUAUCUUUCACCCUCUUUCUCAUUGUCAAUAUGUCACUAACCACACAAGAAAUAGUCACAGUCACUUCUCUUAAUAAGCCAAGUUCUUGAAUUCAACUCUUCAUAUCACAAUGCAUGAAUAUGAAUACCCUUGUUGUGAAUCUAGUUUCUGGUUAUUUCUAAUUAUAUGUCUAGUGAUUGUGUCAUUGGCAGGCAUUACAUCAGGCCUAGCAUUAGGAAUAUUGUCAUACAGUCCGGUUGAUCUCGAGGUUCUCCUUAAAGCAGGCAGACCAAGAGACAAAAAGAAUGCAGAAAGGAUUCAACCUUUUGUAAAAAAUGGACAUUUUGUCUUGUGUACUCUUCUUCUUGGAAAAUCAUUGGCUAUGGAGGCACUGCCAAUUUUUAUGGACUUGAUCAUUCCAUCAUGGUUUACUAUUCUCAUGUCAGCACCUUUGGUCACUGUAUUUGCAGAGAUUUUGCCUCAAGCUGUUUGCUCUAGAUAUGGACUUACUUUUGGAGCGAAAUUGGCUCCGUUUACUCAUUUUCUUCUCCUCAUCUUCUUUCCAAUAACUUAUCCAGCAAGUAAGGUCCUUGAUUGGGCUUUAGGAAAAGAACAUUCCGUUCUUCUAAGAAGAUCAGAGUUAAAGACAUUUGUCGACUUACAUGCAGAUCAGGCCGGAAAAGGUGGAGAGUUAUCUCAUCAUGAAACUUCUAUAAUCACAGGUGCUAUGGAUUUGACUCAAAAGACAGCUAUAGAUGCAAUGACACACAUAUCUGAAAUUUUUUCUCUUGACAUAAAUUCCAAACUAGACAUACAUACAAUGACACAAAUAAUGAGUAAAGGUCACAGUAGAGUUCCUAUACAUUCGGGAAACCCUAGAAAUAUUAUUGGUCUCAUCUUGGUUAAGAAUUUAAUCUUCUGUCGUCCAGAAGACGAGAGUCCAAUCAAGAAUUUGAUUAUCAGGAAAAUUCCUAGGGUAUAUGAAAGUUGGCCACUAUAUGAGAUAUUGAAUCAAUUCAAGAAGGGUCAUAGCCAUAUGGCUGUUGUGUUGAAGGGAAAUAUGGAGACAGCAAGCAAUGAAGCAGCUCAUGCUGUUGAUUCACCUAUAUUUUUGAAUAUAAUAACUAAUAAAGAAUCAAACCAAGCUCAAAUUAAUGGAGGUAACAUCUUCCACAAUUAAUCCAUAUACUUAUAAGUGUGACAUUUAUGUUUGUGAAUGUGAAAUGUGCAGAAUCAAAUUCUUCAUAUGUACUAGACAUGAGUGAGAGAAGUUCAAAUCAAGAAUCUAGUGAUGUUGAAUUUCAUAGUCCAACAUUAGAAAAUGUGAUGGUACUAGACAAUGAAGUAGGACAAGAAUCAAAGCAAUGGGAGCAUGAAAUUGGAUGUACGUCACAUGAACAAAUUGAUGCUGUUGGCAUCAUUACAAUGGAAGAUGUUAUGGAGGAAUUAUUACAAGGAGAUAUAUUGGAUGAGACUGAUGAAUAUGUUCAUGUUCAAAAGAACAUUAAAAUUAACUUGAAGCAAUCACACAGAUCACAAUCAAGAUCAUCAAGAAGAAAUUCUGGAUCAAGUCGUCGUUGAAUAACUUUUUAAUAAAAAUGUUAUCAAUGAGUUCAAAU